AUGCAAGAGAAGCUUCUCUAUCUCACCUGGCUGCCACCAUUUGCACGAUCUGAAACGGUCUCCGACUACGAGGGACAAUGUAAGCCAGUGCGCUGGCAAACACACCAUAUCCGGAGUCGCGAUGGUACCAAACUAGCAAUAUGCGAAGGCCGCAUUCCCGUCAAGGCCACCUCGCCUGGAAGCAUUCAGGAGUCGAGAAAUCACUGUAAGAAGAAAUUAGUGGUGAUUUGCUACUUCCAAGGCAACGGCGGCUCGACCCCCAUGAGAUUGCCCCUUCUAUCGCAGUUCCUGCGCGCAAUUCACGCCUCUCCAAAAUCUUCUGCUUCAGCAUCUGAGGAGAAAGACUACAUGGUGGUUGCUCUCUCAUAUCGUGGUUUCUGGAUAUCAUCUGGCCGUCCUACUCAGCAAGGUAUUGAGCUCGACACUCAGGCCUUUCUUGAUUGGGUUACGGAGACAUAUGCUGCCCCGGACACAGAUCUGCAGGUCAUUCUGUGGGGCCAUAGUUUGGGAACAGCGAUCGCAACUACCGGUCUCGCUACUUAUCUUCCUCGGUCGCACACUGCAGAUUCUCAAGCGCCAGCUUCUAUUGCUGGUGUUAUCCUCGAGGCACCUUCAUCCAGUGUCAAGGAUAUGUUGAUCAGCCUCUAUCCUCAGAAAUGGUUGCCGUAUCGAUAUUUGUGGCCGUUUUUGCGGAGCCAUUGGGAUAGUAUCCUGGCUAUGGAGCGGAUGGCGCGGUGGAGAGACGAUCUCAAGAACAUAGAUGAUCAAUGUACGGAUAGCGAUGGUGACAAAGCUGUAUUGCCACCAGUCCUAAUAUUGUCUGCCGAGAAAGACGAGGUAAUCCCGCCACAUGCGGCAGAUGACCUUGAACAAGAAGGAAAACGCUUUGGCCUGGAUAUUUCUCGGAAGCAUGUUCUCGGAGCUCUGCAUACAGAGAUUCCGGUCAAGCCGAGUGGCAGAGAAGCUAUGGUGGAAUUUGUUGCACGAUGUACAUCUAGGCCUGCCGGGGUUAGGCGCAAUGUUACUUAG